CCUGACUCUGUAGUUCACGUCGAUCAAACGCCGCAAUCCGGGUACGAGCGCAUAUUCCGCCACCUCUCGCCCGCAGAUGCAGAAAGUCUAUCGCUCGGUCGUGUGCAGAUCAUCAACGUCUGGAGUCCCAUCCGGGGUCCCGUACGGGACGCACCGCUGGCAGUGUGUCACGCCAGGAGUGUCGCUCCGGGUGAUUUGGUCCACCAACGGUUGAUAUAUCAAGACCGCGAAAGCUCCACGUACCUUGUUCAACACAACCCUGUACAUGAAUGGUACUAUCUGUCGAACAUGAGCUCUGAUGAAGCGCUGCUGAUCAAAUGUUACGACAAUAAAUACCCUCAUUCGGUGACGCCUCACACAGGAUUUGUCGUCGCUGAUACUGAAUCAGCUCUCCCGCGCCAAAGCAUCGAAGUACGUUGUUUGGUGUUUUUCGACGAUGACACGAACAAGAUGGAGGUGAUGGGGACGGAGUACUAG